UAUUACACACAUAAUAAUAAGUGCAUUGUUGUCUAUAAAUAUCAUAUGAUGUAUUUAGGACUUGCGAAUGUAAAUUGAAAUACUUGAUGGAGUUUUGGUUUCGUAACUUAUUUUCUUAUGCUUGUUUUUGUUGUUUGCUUGCGUGCUUUCAACAUGGAUCACAUGCAGCCCUCGUAAAUAAUGAUUUUGAACACUUAAUCGGGAAAAAACAGAGCAGCUGCGAUUUCUACAACGGCAGUUGGGUUUACGAUGAAGCGUAUCCUCUAUACGACACCUCCAUCUGUCCUUUCAUCGAGAAACAAUUCGAUUGUCAGGGAAACGGACGGUCCGAUAAAUCGUACCUCAAGUACAAAUGGAAGCCAGCAUCUUGUGACUUGCCAAGAUUUAAUGGAAAGGAGAUGUUGAAGAGAUACAGAGGGAAGAAGAUAAUGUUUGUAGGGGACUCUCUGAGCGUGAACCAGUGGCAGUCUUUGACAUGCAUGCUGCAUGCUGCUGUGCCCAAAUCCAAGUACAGUCUUGUGAAUAAUGGAAACAGCCUCUUCACGUUUACAAUCAAGGAUUAUUCGAUUUCAAUAAUGCUGUACCGCACUCCAUUUUUAGUGGAUAUCGUAAAUGAUGAUAAAUUGGGUAGAGUUUUAAAGCUCGACUCUAUUCAAAACGGUAAUGCAUGGAAAGGGGCUGACAUGCUCAUCUUCAACACAUGGCACUGGUGGCUUCACACGGGCACCAAGCAAUCGUGGGAUUAUAUACAGCUAGGAGACAAAAUAUAUAAAGAUAUGGAUCGUAUAGCUGCUUUCACUCAAGGACUCAAGACAUGGUCUAAUUGGGUUGCCACUAACGUCAAUCCAGCUACAACCAAGGUCUUUUUCCAGGGCAUUUCCCCAACUCAUUAUAAUGCGAGAGAGUGGAACGGAACGGGGUCAUCGAAUUGUAAAGGAGAAACUGAACCAAUAAGUGGUUCGAUAUAUCCAGGCGGAUCAGAGCCAGGGGUGGCAGUGGUGAAGCAAGUAGUGAGCAAUAUGUCGACGACAGUGGGCUUGCUGGACGUGACAAGACUCUCGCAGUUGAGAAAAGAUGGGCAUCCUUCAGUUUAUGGAGUGGAUGGGUCUCAGGGAAAUGAUUGUAGCCAUUGGUGUCUAGCGGGUGUCCCUGAUACUUGGAACCAGAUCUUGUAUGCAACGCUUGUUGCUUCACAUACUCAUUCACUUGAAUAAUUGGAAAACGAAUAGUGCCCUCAACCAAAUUCCACCAUGUAUUCGUUCCGUUUAUCAAUUCCAUAUAUCUUGUUUGAGUUAUCAACUGCAUUAGCAGCGUUUGUUUCACAGAUACGUCUCUAGUCAUAGAAAUUAAGCUGCGUACAUGUUACCCUUACCAGAUCACAAAAUCUUGCUUCUGAGGGAAAUAGGCCGCUUAUGUUCAUGAAAAUGUAUGGUUAGGAUUUGUUGCCAAAAUUCAGUUUCGUCUAAA